AUGGGGGCUGAGGGACUAAGUAUAGACAAUAAUGCAGAAACUGACUUGGAAUUGGAGGACCUAACGCAAAUUCUGUUGGCAGUGGAACCGAUCAGGUAUACACAUGACGGCUUUUCAUGGACGGGAGGGGAUAUGGGGGAGUUCUCAGUGAGUUUUUACUACAAACAGCUGAUGUUGGCUUUGAAUGAGGAAAAGGUUGACCCAAGUCACAAGGAAGCAUUGAAACAUGUUUGGCGGUCGUGGUUACCUUCGAAAGUCAAAAUCUUCGGGUGGAGAUUAUUGAAGGAUAGACUUGCAACAAGAGCACAACUUGUUAAAAGAGGUAUUUUAGAAUACAAUGCUGCUGGUUUUUGUGCUUUUGGCUGUCUUCAAAUUGAGGAUACUGCCCAUCUUUUUAUUAAUUGCGAAACUUCAAGACGUGUGUGGGAAAAUAUCGCGAUCUGGUUGGGGAUCGAACCUUUAGGUGGGGAUGAUUGCUGCAGCCACUUUCUGGUAUUCUUGGUAAGGUUGCGUAACAAGGGUUCAUUAAGGAGAAUCGUCGGAAUAUGGAUGGGGAUCUGUUGGAGUAUUUGGCAGCAGCGUAACACGAUUAUCUUCAUGGAUGGUGUGCGAGACUGUGAGGAAAUUCUGUAUAAUGCCAAACGAUGCUCAUGGUUUUGGUUGGCUAUUGGAAACAAAUUAAAACGCCAAUGCUGUUAUGUAUAUGCUGUUGGUGGAUUGUUGGUUGUUCUGUUGUAA